UGCGUUUUCCGGCUUAAAGGGACCCGGACCCUCUUCACAACAACAACAAAACCAGCGCGCUCGCGGCCGGCGCCCCGACUCUAGUCCCCGCCCUCCUGCCACCUGCCGCCUCCUCGGCCGCACCCGGCAGUGAGCCGCGGCUCCCCUGCCCUAGGGGUCGGGCGGAGAGCCGACCGCGCCCUUCGGCCAACUUCUCCAGCUGCCACCGCGCCGCCUCGCGAGACCCGGGGCCGGACCCUGGGCGCCGCCGAUCAGCAGGAAGGGUGCGGCCGCCGCGGAGGACGCCCGGCCAGACUGUGCGAUCGGUGGCCGUGCUUGGGCGCGGAGGGCAGCGGUGGCGGGACCCGCGGCCAUCUCUCAGUUGACGAAGGAUCAGAGAUUGGUGUAUUCGGGCAGACUGCUUCCCGAUCAUCUGCAGCUGAAAGACAUUCUCAGAAAACAAGAUGAGUAUCAUAUGGUUCAUCUAGUAUGUACUUCUCGGACUCCUCCCAGUUCUCCAAAAUCCAGCACCAAUAGAGAAAGUCAUGAAGCACUGGCAUCCAACAGCAAUUCUAGUUCAGAUCAGUCAGGAUCAUCAACUCCAUCAUCCAGUCAAGAAACCUUGACUUUAGCUACCAGUUCUUCCUCAGAAGGAUUGAGGCAACGUACCCUUCCACAAGCACAAACUGACCCAGCACAGAGUCAUCAGGUCCCAUAUGUAAUGCAAGGAAAUGUAGACAACCAGCUUCCCGGGCAGGCUGUCCCGGCUGGAUUCCCGGUGUACCCCGCCUUCAACCCGCUGCAGGUGCUGUGGUGGCGACAGAUGUACGCUCACCACUAUUACAUGCAGUAUCAAGCUGCAGUUUCAGCUCAGGCCACAUCAAAUGCUAACCCAGGCCAGCCUGCUACACAGCCUCUAAAUUUGGCACACGUGCCUGGAGAAGAACCCCCACCAGCUCCAAACCUAGUGGCCCAAGAAAAUCGACCCAUGAAUGAAAAUGUUCAAAUGAAUGCACAGGGAGGUCCAGUGCUGAACGAAGAAGACUUCAAUCGAGACUGGCUAGACUGGAUGUACACGUUCUCACGAGCUGCAAUUCUCCUUAGCAUUGUAUACUUCUAUUCUUCUUUUAGUCGGUUUAUCAUGGUAAUGGGAGCCAUGCUACUGGUUUAUUUACACCAAGCUGGAUGGUUUCCUUUUAGGCAAGAAGGAGUUCAGCACCAGGCUCCCAACAAUAAUGCUGAAGUUAACAAUGAUGUACAGAAUGCAAACAAUCUAGAACUUGAAGAAAUGGAGCGUCUUAUGGAUGAUGGGCUUGAAGAUGAGAGUGGAGAAGAUGCAGGUGAAGAUGCCAGUGCGAUUCAAAGGCCUGGAUUAAUGGCGUCAGCCUGGUCUUUUAUCACCACAUUCUUUACUUCACUAAUACCAGAGGGGCCUCCCCAGGUUGCCAAUUAGACUUGAAAAACUGUGCCAGCUGCAAAGGAGGGUCUGAAUUUAGGAAAGUGUUUUAAAUAACAGUGCAAUUUCAAAAAAUUUAUUACUUUCUUUUCAUCAUCAUGUACAGAGGUGUUUUUUCUUUAAACUUCUCAUGCAUAUGAAUAUUUUAAGCACAAAUAGACUACUAAAUAUGUGAUUUUUUUUUUUUUUAAGAUUCUAACAGAACAUAGCAUAACAAUAUUGGUCUUCCAGGUUUUAUUAAUUUCAAUUAUGUAUAUUAUAUCAAGACAGACUUGUGUGUCUUAUUUCUUUAAAGAGCUGCUUCACAUAUAAAUGUCUAUAGCUUAUAGCCCAGCCCUUCAAUGUAUAAUUUGAAUAAAUAUAUCUAUUUUCUGUGACUUGUCCUAAAAGUUUUAAACAGAAUGACCUCAUAGUUUUUAAUGAAGAAUAUUAAUUACCUAAAAUGUGCUAGUAGCAUCUUACCCAGCCAUAAAGCAAUAAACUUCUCAAUAAUCUUCAUUUUGACAUUUGAAUAAAUGGAAACUUUCUAUUUUAAGGGCAUGUAUCCCAUCAAUUGGAAAUAGUACCUUUAAAAAAAAGGCAGCUCUUCAAUGGAAUUAAUAGUGAUAUAAAAUGUUUGAUAUAGGCAGUACUUUUAUAAAAUAAGAUUCUGGAAAUCACUCCCUGUAAUUUUUUUAAAAUAAAAGGUCAAUUAUGGUAAAA